AUGAAGAAUGAUGGUGUUGUUUUUGGGUCUAAAACUUUUAAGCUCUUGCUUGAUGUAUUUACUCGACUCGGGAAGUUUGACACUACACUUGACAUUCUUAAUCACAUGGAAGAACUGGAAACUAACUCGAAACCUCAUAUGUAUGAUUCCAUUAUCGUUGCAUUUACCGAGAAAAACCAUGUGGGUUUGGCAUUGUUCGUAUUGUUUAAGUUUCUAGAAGUUUUUGAUGGUAAUAAAGGGAAUGAUCUUGGUGUUUCACUUUCGAGCUCCAUAGCAUACGAUGCAUUGUUGGUUGGGAAGGUGAAGGAUGCGGUGAUCGUGUAUGAGGAAUUAAAGUUAUCUAUUCACGAAGUCGAUGCCUUUACUUAUCGAAUUCUCAUUCAAGAGUGUUGUAAAUCUUAUCAAAUGGAUGAUGCAAUAAAGAUUUUUAAUGAAAUACGAUACUAUAGGUUGUGCAAGAAUGGUAGGGCUGAGGCUGGUUAUAAUUUAUUUAUUGACUUGAGGAAGAAGGGUCAAUUUGUGGAUGUUAUUACGUACAGCAUUGUUGUGUUGCUACUUUGUAGGGAAGGUCAUCUUGAGGAAGCUCUGCACUUAGUGCAAGAAAUGGAGGAAAAAGGCUUUUUUGUUGACCUAAUUACUAUAACAUUACUCUUGAUUGCGUUUCAUAAGCAGGGCAAGUGGGAUUUCACAGAAAGGUUGAUGAAGCACAUAAGGGACGGUUCAGAUGAUGGAGCAAGUAAGGAUGAGAAGAGUUCAGCAGCUGACACUGAUCAGUGGUCAUCAUCUUCAUAUAUGGAUCAUUUGACCAAUCAAGCAAAGUCCUCUGACCUUUCUUCUCAACUAUAUUCACUAGCUAGAGGCCAGAGAGUUCAAGAUAAAGGGGCAGACUCUUUUGAUAUUGAUAUUUCUUUUAUGAAUAAGGGCUGUUUCAAUAAGGCAUGUGAUGUUUUUAAUGAAAUUGGUAAAAAGGUUUACCCAGCAGACAUUGGAACCUACAAUAUGGUGAUUCAAGGGUUGGGGAAAAUGGGGAGAGCAGACCUCGCCAGCUCCAUUCUAGAUAAGCUAAUGAAGCAAGGUGGAAAGGCUGGUAAGAUUGAUGAAGCUAACAAGCUUUUUGAACAUAUGAAGUCUAAUGGAUUAAAUCUUGAUGUGUCACUUAUAAUACUAUGA